UUCUGCUCCGGAGACCCACCGAUCAUUUGCAGGGAGAGGUUGGGGCCCCGUUCGCCAGGGGCACCUGGGUAAUCGUGCCCUGCCCUGCUUUGGAGACAUUGGGGUUGGCAUCGGCAUUUCAGCCGGGCAGAUGCCGUGAGCCAUGGCAGAGGAGUGGGCCCCACAGCUGGUGGACUACUUUGUGGUGGCCGGCUUGGUGGACACGUCCAAGCCGCUGGAGGAUGAGGCCCAGGCGCCCCGGCCGGCCCGGCCGAGCGAGCCCAUCGUGGACGUGGCCGUCAUCGUCCGCUCGCAGGGCGAAGAGGUGCCCCACGGCUUCACCUGCAUUGACCGCACCACCUCGGGGCACCCCGUGGAGCUCAACGCCAGCCUGCUCAACAACCCCCAGAUGUUCAUCUGCUACCGGCGGGGGCGGGAUAAGCCCUCCAUCGUGGAGCUUGGGGUGCAUUAUGGCGGGAAGGAUCAGCCCAAACCGGGCUACAAGAUCAUCGACACGACGCCCUACAGCCACUCGGCCAACCUGGCCUCGGGAGCGCCCGGGCACCAGCACACCUUCCUGACGUACCGGCGGGCCAGCGAGGGCCAGGCGUACAGCGCCCUGGGGAUCACGGACAUCUGCCUUAUCAUGCCGAGCAAAGGGGAGAGCACGCCCCACACCUUCUGCCGCGUGGACCGGAACCUCAACGCCGGCAUGUGGGGCCCGGCCCUCUAUAUCUGUUACAAGAUGGCUCUGGCCAAAGGCAACACCCUGGUGUAUGAAGCAGGUCUGCUCAGCCGCUACCCGGAGGAAGACAACGAAGUCUUCCCGCUGCCCGAGUCAGUCCCCGUUUUCUGCCUGCCCAUGGGGGCCACCAUCGAGAGCUGGCCGGCCGACACCAAGUACCAGCUGCCCGUUUUCUCCACCUUUGUGUUGACGGGCGCUUUAGGGGACAAGGUUUACGGGGCUGCCAUUCAGUUCUAUGAGCACUUUCCCCGGGAGCGUCUCACCGACCGGCAGUCCGUGUCGCUCAACCUGCUGACCGUGGUUGACCGGCGCCCCAUCACCAGCAAGUCGGUGCAGACCCGCAAGAGCAUCUGCGUCCUGUCCCACUGGCCGUUUUUUGACGUCUUCCGCAAAUUCCUCACUUUCCUCUAUCGCUACAGCAUCUCGGGACCCCACGUGUUGCCCCUCGAGGCGCACGUUUCUCAUUUCAUGCACAACGUCCCCUUCCCGUCUCCGCAGAGGCCUCGGAUCUUGGUUCAGAUGUCGCCCUACGAUAACUUGCUGCUGUGCCAACCUGUGUCGUCGCCGCUACCCCUCAGCGGGGCCAGCUUUCUCACCCUGCUGCAGACGCUGGGGCCCGAGCACAUUGUGGCCCUGCUGGUGGCUGUGCUGACCGAACAGAAGCUCCUGAUCCAUUCGCUGCGGCCGGACGUCUUGACCAGCAUUGGAGAAGCCCUUGUUUCGAUGAUCUUCCCCCUACACUGGCAAUGCCCAUACAUCCCGCUCUGUCCGCUGACCCUGGCCGACGUGCUGUGUGCCCCGGUGCCCUUCAUCGUGGGCAUCCACUCCAGUUACUUCGACAUCUACGACCCUCCGCAUGACGUCAUCUGCGUUGACCUUGACACGAACACCAUCUUCCAGUGCGAGGAACGGAAGCUGUUGUCGUCGCGCGCUCUGCCCCGGAAGCCGUGUAAAGUGUUGCUGGCGUCGUUAAACUCCCUGUACCACCAGCUGGACGAGAUGUACAACCGGCCGGUGGAAGAAGCCUCUCUGGAGUUUCUCCUGACCGAUUACGACGUCAUCUACGGGCGCCGGAAGCAGCUGGAGCUGGACAUCCGAGGGGCAUUUCUCCGAUUCAUGGCUUGUCUGCUGAAAGGCUAUCGUGGCUACCUCCGGCCCAUCACCCAGGCGCCGUCCGAGAAGACCCGCGAUUCCAGCAGCCUGUUCUUCCUGCAGGGCUUCCUGAAGUCCCGCGAUCGAGCCUACCACAAAUUCUACGGGCAGCUUUUACGCACGCAGCUCUUCACGCAGUUCAUCGAGGAAUGCUCUUUUGUCAGCGACCGGCAUGCUUGCUUGGAGUUUUUUGAUUCCUGUGUUGACAAGGUGCAGGUGGACUUGGAGAAACCAGAGGAGGUCCCCUUGAUUGAACUGGACGACACGCAGGGCAGUGAACACACAGUCUUCAUCAUGCCCCCCGAAGAGCCCACCGGACCCAACGGCUUGGAACUGCCACCCCGUUACCAAUACGACGGCUUCCCGAUGCUCCAGACCAAGCUGUUUCAGCGGCCCCAGGACCAGCUCAUGCCCUCGCUCUGCCAAGCCCGAAGCAGCGCGCCCAGCAGCCCCGCCCCUCGCCGGACCCAGCAGGAAAUAAAGGUCGCUCAGAAAGUGGCGCAGAAGUAUUCCUCGGUGCCGGAUAUGUGGGCCAAGUGCCUGCUGGGCCACUGCUACGCUCUGUGGUUCAUCACGCUGCCCGCGUACGUGCGCGUGGCGACGUCGAAGGUGCAGGCCCUGCAGAUUGCGUACGAGGUGCUCAAGCAGAUGGAGACCAAAGAGGUGGUCGUGCCGGAUGAGGUGUGUUACCGCAUCCUGAUGCAGCUCUGCGGGCAGUACGGGGAACCAAUACUCUCCGUGCAGGUCAUGCUGGAAAUGAGGCGGGCCGGAAUCGUCCCCAACACAAUCACCUAUGGCUAUUAUAACAAGGCCAUCUUGGAGUGCAAGUGGCCGUCCAGUAGCCAAGGGGGCCGUCUCCGCUGGGCCAAGCUUCGCAACGUCAUCCUGGGGGCCGCCCAGUUCCGACAGCCGCUGCGUCAGCGCCAACGCCAGCAGGAGGCAGAGUCGCAGAGCCUCGGCCCUCCGGCAGACAACAGAAGGGCCAAGCCCCCCCAAAUCCAGCCCCGUGCCAGCCUUCAGCGGCAGGCAACCUGGUCCGGGAGCAGCUUGAGCAAGAAUCUGCAACCCGCUUCACUCGCGAAAAGCGGCAGCUUGACUUUUCCGCAGCAGGAAACGCCCACAGGCACCACCCCGGCGGCGAAAAUGCUGGGUAGUCCGAAGUCCGCAAGCAGCAAUGCGCUACCUACUCUACCUCCCUGGCUGCGUGGCGGACGGGACGGGCCCGGAAGCUCGGAGGACAGCAGCCUGUCGGACAUCAGCAGCUUCUUGACGGACGAGAGUGACCGGCUAACUCUGAGCAGCGUGGAGGCCGGACAGCCUGAGGGAACUGCUCCGGGGCCAGGCCAGGUGGCCGAGAACCGCCGCCUGGGGAGCACCCCCCGCCGGAGCCUGACCGCCAAACUUCAGCAGUUCCUCUCCCCCAUCAAGCGACCUUCUCUGAGACACGGGGCCGGCGGGGAGGUCUCCCACGGGCGCAGCGGGCCCGAGCACCGAGAACACCCCUCUCGCCAGAGUCCGCUCGAGGGUCACCUGCUGCUUCCCCUGGAACGCCCCCAAUCCACGGCCUCAGAGAGCUCGGCCUCGUUGGGCAGCGAGUACGAUCUCUCAGACACGUCCGUGUGCAGUUUCAACCUCCGGAAGUCCAGCGAUCGGCUCUCAGAGCCUCCGGCCGUCGAGGUGCUGCUCUCCAGCUGCUCGCGGUGCCAGGCGUGCAACUCACUGGUGUACGACGAAGAGGUGAUGGCGGGGUGGAGUUCGGACGACUCCAACCUGAAUACCACCUGCCCCUUCUGCGGACGCCCCUUUGUGCCCUUCCUCAGCAUCGAGAUCCAGGAUUUCCAAACUGUUUCUUCCAGUAUUGCUGAUGCCUCCGACACCGGUUCGGUCUCCUCGGAUUGGCCCCGGGACAACGAAGCGCCCGUACCAGGCGGCCAGGGCCCGGUGCUCAGCGAUCGGUCCCAGUGCCUCCUCCUGGACGAGGCAGAGCCGGAUCUACGUCGGAAAUCCAGGAAUGGGUCUCUCUGCAACGGCUUCGGCGAAUCCACGGUGCCCCAGGGCCCGGCCCCCCAUCUGGAACAGCUGGCUUUCGCCUACCUCAGCCCCUUGGUCCUGCGUAAGGAACUGGAGACUCUCCUGGAGAACGAGGGGGCCGCGUUCCUCUCUCAGCCAGAGCUGGUGGACAACCAUCCCAUCAUCUACUGGAACCUGGUGUGGUAUUUCCAGCGGCUGGGCCUGUGCAGCGGCCUGCCCCAGCUGCUCCUGGCUUCCAAGCACGUCCAGCCGGGCUCCCAGGGGCUGGCUCAGGAGGGUCCCCUCGUCAACGUGCGCCUGCUCUGGGAUGUGCUGAGCCCCGAUGCCGACAGCUUCCCCCCCCUCUACGUUCUUUGGAGGCUGCACGGCCAGAUCCCCACUCGCCUGCAGCACUGGCGCCGGCAUAACCAUCCGUUCUCGCUGUCCUUCCUGGAAACAGUGAUCAACUAUAUCGGGAUGGGCGAGGUCCACAAGGCCAUUGUCCUCUUCAUCGAAAAGGUGGCGGGCCAUGCCGGCCCCGCACUCGUGCAGAGGAGCGUUUACCGUGAAUUUCUCUUCCUGAAAAUUGCCGCACUGGGCAGAGACCGUGUGGACAUUGCCGACUUCGACAAGAAGUACAAAUCGGCCUUUUCGAAGCUGGCGGGCAGCAUGGGGAAGGAAGCCCUCAAGCAGCAGAGAGCCCAGCCCCUCACCUCCAAGGCCAUCGAUUGCCGGAAAAGUUUCGGGGCCAACCUGGAAUGCUAGUGGGGCCCCUGUGGCUCCGAGCCCAGCGAACCUCUCCGUCUGCUGCUGCGUAGGAAAAUGACGCUGAGGAUGAAACUGGAGCUGAUACCAAAUUGCGGGGGGAGGCUGGGGGCCCCCGCAGGGCUCCGUGGGCUGUCCCCAGCACCCCUGGGUGCUGUGCCCUUUGGGGGGGGCAGAGGGUUCCGGGAUGGAUGUGGGGGACCCAUCCUCUCGGUCGUCUGAGCCACGCUCCGACGUUUCCUUCUUCCGCCGAGGGAAGAAAUUGCACGGCUGUUGAAAUUGGGAGGAGGGGGGCUCUAGUCUCUGAUUCCAGGCCCAGCACUGCACUUCGCACAUGCCUAGGAGCCCAGACUCCCCCCCCACCAAUUCUCUUCCUCCCCCCAAAUCUGGGUCUUCACCCGUGUGUAUUUCUGUGCACGGUGUUUGUCGUGGAAUGGGGAGGGGUGUUUAAGACCACCCCCAUGGAAGACAAGGCCCCUCUGGGCACCCCGCCCUCUCCCCUCUCUUCCACCCGCCCACCCACCCCCGAUUCACUGGGGGUUAACUGGGGAGGGCGCUGCCCUCCACCGCCCCUUCUGUCCGACUUCCAGCCAAGUUGGUUUGCUUAGCGUUUGUUCUUUUUUUAAAAAAUAUUAUUUUUACCGUCAGUGUUACGAGGGGAGGGGGGGAGAGAUCGAGAAGAAGCUAUUUUGUAAAUUUAUUUAUUACAGAGCCCCCCCCCUUCCUGCUGUUCUCCCUGUCCCCCUUUGCAGCACGUGCUUUAACUGUAAGGGCGCCCCGUUGCAGCAAGGUGGGCACGCUGUUCCUCCACUGCACCGUAUUUCUGUUUGGAGAAAGGGUCCCGUUCCUGUCUCCCCCCCCCCAUGCGACAAACUGUGUUUGCAUUGGUGGUGGCAGAGGGGGGAAACCCCCUGCGUUGGUGGUCCAUCUCCUCCUUCCUCAGGGCUCAGACCGAGCCAUGUGGAACCCAUCGCACCCUCUAGGCCACGUUGUGUUACUGUUUGAGUUGGUUUUUCAACGUUCCUCUCGUCCUGUAAAUAAAAGAUGCUUCUGUAUUUUC